UUCAGUGUCUAUACGUCGUAGAAACUUUCAAAGAGUUCGAAUAUGUAAAGUGAGGUGUCAAUCACUCUGGUCCAGACACAGGCAGGCGCCAGGGAGGGCGUGAGAGGUCCCCCCCUAUGAGAGGUUGUUAGAACAGCCACAGGGGGAAUGUGAUAGUCCCACUGGUGAGGCAGAGUUCAGUAGCAGUCAGUAGGCCUGACAUUAGGAAGGCUGAGCGCUGUCACUUCAAGAAAAGAGACUGGUCUUCUACUGAUGUCUGUCGUAGCUAGUCAGUAGAAGACGAGUGAGACAAGAUAACAAUGGAGAAGAAAAAGAAGGAAAAGUCACAGGCACGUAAAAAGAAAAAUAAGAUUGCUCCAUCAGACAUGAAAGUUGAGGCACAUGGACAGGUAUUCAACAGCCAGGGGAACAGUGGAGAAUCAUCAGGACAGGGACAGAUGGUAAAAUCUUCUCCAGAAAGUGGAACUGUGCACAGUACCAUCCAGGGCUCCUGCAGCAAAGAACCAGAUAAAGGCAUGCAACAGUCUUCCAGCAGUGGUGGAUCAGCAGGGUGUACAGAUGGGCUAACACUGCAGAGCUCAGCAUCUGGAACCAAGCCUUCUGCUCCCAGUGGUUUUCCUGAUUUUCAACUCCCAGGGGGAUCAGGUGAAAGCAAUCAUGACUCUGUGGUCAAGAAAAAGAAGAGGAGAAAGCGACGCCGAAGCAGGUCUGGGAAGAGGUCACUGAAAUCUGCUGUUGGUUCCCGUCUUCUGUCAGGAAGCAAGAAGUCAAAAGGAUCAAGUAAAUCUAAACGCAGGUCAAUGCAUGUGGAAUUUGCAAAGCUGACAGCAAGGGCAAUGUUGAUGGCCCUAUCCUAUUCCCCUUUAACAGCUGCUGGUGGAAGAGGGAGAGUCCUGCCAGUCCACAGUCAGACUCCUACAGAAAGAACAGGAAAGUCACAGCUAGUAGAUAGUGGUUUCAGCACCAAGGAGAGAGCUACUUUACCACAAACUGUAAUAGACAGGUCUGGGUUCAAGUACCCUGUGACGGAGAAAAAGACUGAUAAGGGACAUGUAAAGAAGGUUGUUUUAUCAAAACACAAGGAAGCAGCUCAAUCGGAAAGACUGUGUCAUUUGGGAACAUUCAGCACCAAGGACAGGGAGGUCAAUCUUGAGAAUCAGGAAAACAAGCAAGUCAAGAAAGGAGGGGUCCACAUGGAAAGGAAAAGCAGUGGACAGGAUGGCACCCAAGGCUCAUGUUCCCAUACAGCAGUUCCCUCUGAUGUAAGCUCUUCCAGCUCUGAGUCAAGCAGUGGAGAUGAAUCUUGUUCAGACGAGGAAUUAACAGUUAGCAAGUUUUUUGCACAGGCACAGUUGUCAGAUGCUGUUGGUAAACGGAAGAAAGCUCUCAAAACAUCUCCCUCUGUAUCAGCAUCACACAUGGAUGGAGAUAUUCAGUCGACUAAGGGUAAACAUCCUGCCAAUGGAAAACAAGGGAAGGUGAAGAGGUCAAAGAAACCAGAUGGUGACAAAUGUAAGAAGAAGAAAGAGUACAAGAUUAAAACAAGGUAUGUGACACCAAUAAGUGUUGAAACAGAUUCAGAAGCCACCAAAAAGAGAAGAAAGAAGCUAGAUGCUGAUGGCAGCAAGUUGGAUUGUGGUACUGGCAAACUUAAGCAGACAUUUGAGAAGGAGGGCGUGGGCAGAUCCCCUCAAACCUUUAGCAGUUCAUACACUUCAAGGCUUGCAAAUUUGUUGACAUUAUCAAGGUUAGUUCAAGGAGAUAAAACAGCAGUAGCUUCAACUGUGCACAAGAAGAAGAGGAAGAAGAAAACAGAGAGUAAAGCAGCAAAGGUGGAGAAAACUUUCUCUUACGCUGGUGCAAAUAACCAUCAUGAAAUCCAUAGCAAAGUGGAGAAAGCACCAAUGGAUAAGCAGACUGGUUUGUCCAAAGUGUAUCAGGAAGAAAAGAAAGACAAAGAAACAGGCAAAGACAUUGCAACUAUGGACACAAAUACAGCAAGAGAUGUAGAACCAUCCUGUUCUCUGGAGACAUUGACCCAUCACACCCAGGUUUCUAUGGGAAGUGAGGUAGCAAACAAAGCCACUGUUCAAGAUGCUGUGGCUGACCAUGUGAUGUCUUCUAGGAGAGAAGGGAAAGGCACAGCACCAUUGCAAAAUGGAGCUUCAGUGAGCAGAAACAAGGAGAAAUCUGGUGUGUCAAAGAAGAAAAUCUCAAAGAAAAGAAAGAAACAAGGGACUAGCAUCAGUAAUAAGAAGGUUGGAGACAUCGGCAAAACAACUUUCACAAGUACUUCUACAACAUUAUCAGAAUCACCCAAUAGCGUCACUCAAACUGCCACAAAGAAUAAAACAGUUUUGCAUACCACAGAGAUGGCCAAACAUGCUUCCAGUACCCAAGUGAAACUUGAUGUGGAGUUGAGAGAUAUAAACCUUAGACAGACAUUGGAAGUAACUUCAGACAUGCAAAAGUCCAAUACUCCAGACACACAGAAAACUGUUGUCAGCACUGUAGGCACAAAGAAACCCAGCCAUACAGGCAUAUCUCACAGCACUGGCAGUACAAGCCCCUUCUCUCUGAAUGGUAAUGGAACACCUGACAGUACAGGCACAGUUAAGUCCAUUCCCAGUACAGUGGUUUCAAGCAAGAUCAUUUCAGAUAUUAUCGGCAAAGAAGGAGCUAUUGCUACCAAAGGAUCUGUGUUAGAUGAAGACAAUUCCGCAUCUGGUACGGGUAUAAGUAACAGUAUUGUCAGUACCACAGAUGACAUUCAACUCAUGGAAAGCACCAGUACAGAUAGGCACAGCCAAAGAAGUAAGGAUAAACACAAGUCUGCUCUUGUCACUGCUGCCAUGCAUGGUACUAUCUCAGGUACAGAUGGCAGAAUUACGGCUGAUACCACAGGGGAAGAUGGCAUCAAGUUUGAUGAGGCAGGAAGUGACAAGGACAUUUCUGCAACUACAGAUAAAGAUGAUUCUUGCAUCAUCAUAACAGAUACUCCAGAGAAACAACAGGAGUCAUCAACUCAGGAGCCAUCCAUGGUAUGUACUACUGUUUCUACAAGUACCAUGAGUGAUGGGGUUUCAGCACCAGAGACAGCGACCAAGACAAACGCAAAUCUGCACUGCCAAAGUUCCCAUGUGACCAAAGACGUUUCCGUGCAACUCACCAGGCUGGAGGAUGAAAUCAUGUAUCUUAGGAAUAAAACAAAGUCAACAAACACAAAAGAGGAGAAAAACAUUGGAAAGUCAAAAGCUACAAAGAAAACUCAGGAUGGAGAGAGACUGGUUGAAGACAAUAAGGCUAGCGCUGGUGGUAGAACCUCACAAGACAAUGAGCUACUUGUUGAAAAGUAUACCAGAGAAGAUGACAAGAUGAAAGGAAACACUGUCUCUCAGUUAUCACAACAGGAUAGCAGUUCUCAGUCAGUGCUGACUGUUAUAGCAGAUGCAGAUGAAAGCAGAAGUUCUGGGACAGACAAACAUGCUGUGACCAGCACACCAAAGAGUGAGAAGUCACCAAAUAGCAGCCAAGAAACCUUACUAGUAGUCAGUACCAGUAUUGAUAAAAUCAGUACCAUUGAGGAUUCCUGUCCACAUUUGCCACAUAGCGCCUGUCCGCAGUGUCUGUCUGGAUCUGAACAAGAACAGGAGGAGUUUGACAAGUCAAACUUAAGCUGCCCUGAAGCUGGCAACAUUUUUACUACACAAGACAAGAAUGUGGUCUCUGAAAAGGAUGCUGACAUCAACUCUGACAAUUUGGAAUUGCCAACAUCUGUUAAGAUUGGGGAUAUUUCUUAUACCCUAGAUGAGGUAGACUUGAUAGAGGAGCAAAGCAAUACUGUUAAGAGUGAAGAAGAGGAAAAUAGUCCUUGUGGUUUCCACAGUACUCCUUGCAAGACUACAACUGAUGAAGUACAAGGCAGCAUCAGACAGGUGCAAGUAGAAGAUGAUAUACCAACCAACAAGACCAAAGAUUCAGAAUUGAAUUACAACAACCCCCAUCAGAAAAAGGAACGAAGAGCACACUUGGAGAAAACAAUACAAAGAGUGUGGGAAAAGUGUGGCUUCAAAAGUCCGACUUCAACAGUAACUGACUCCGGCACCAUGGCAACACCAGAGGCAGAACCCAGUGGGAAUCUUCACAAUAACAUGGAGGUUGAUGAUGAUGCCACACCUGAUCCAAACAGUUUGGCAAUGGUGACCAAUAGCAAUGCCAGUUCCAAGUCACCAGCUGUGUCAGGUCUUGUGCAGAAUGGAAUAGGCCGCCUUAACAGUGAGGUUACUGGGGAUUCUUGUGAGACGGUAGAAACAGAAAGCAUUGAACCACGUGGAAGUACAUGUACCACAGCUACUACAAGUACAUAUGUGGAAACUCAUGAAUUACAGCCCAGUGGAAAGGUAGCAUCAGAACAAACAGCAAUUGAGACAGAAGAGGAAAAAAGCUGCAUCAAUAGUUUAGAGGAGUCUUUGCUUUUAAUGCAGAGUCAGGAAAGCGCGGAGAUGUUUGCAAACAUGUUUGUCAAUGUCAUAUAUGGAGAAGGUGAACCAGGCAACAAGUCAUCCUUUUCCUGGGAAGUGUACACAAGUUCCUCAGACUCGGAAGGCAGUACAGGCCUGGAUACUUCAUCAGAAGAAUCAGUAGGCUCGGAGGAAAGUGGGGAAGAGAAUGACUGCAAUGCUCCUGAUCACCCCGAGGAAGAAUCAAACAAGAAAAAUGAUCCAGUGAGCAAAGCAAAUGUCCAAACACCAUCUAAUUUUGAAAACAGUCGUAAUGACACUGUCAUCACUAAAGAUUCAGGCUUUUGUUUAGAUGUCUCUGAUACAAGCAAGGAUGGUUAUACAGAGAAUGAAGAUUUAACCCAACCUAGGGAUCACUCCAGUAAUGCAGUAGCAAAAGGCUCUUUUUCUCACAAUGAUGGUAGUCAACCAACAGAGACGGUGUUUAUAACAGAAGAUGACAUGGACCUUGGUGCUUUGUCUGAGUUGGAGGAGGCAGGGAGUGAUGAUGAAAGUAGUACGUACAGCUUCAUACCUGGUGACCACAGCCAGGGGCCUGAAGUACCCGAGGAUGACGUAGAGGAUCUCCUUGAGUCUGUCAAUAUCUCUCCUAUCAUAGGAUCAGCAAAUGCUGUAGGGGGAACGGACUGCCAGAAAAAGACAUGCAGACGAAGCCUGUUUGAGUACCAUGGAGACAAUGACGAAUCUGCCAUUUGUAAGGGAGAAAUGCAGGAAGACAUAAAUCAAAAUCUCCGCCUGGUUUUAAACACCAGUAGGUCCAGUGAAGAGGACUGGACCACACCACUGAAGCCACUUGUUGCUGACUACUCAAGUCCAGGGAUGGAGGGAAUGGUGGAGAUGCCUGAGCCUUUCAGUCAAGAUGUUGAGGGAGAUCAACUCCUUUCAGACUACAUGUCAGGAAUAGAGCCCAUAUUGACUGGUCAUUUUGAAGUAACAAAGGGGUCUGCUUUUGGAGAAGAAAUACCACCCAAACAGAAUGAACAGGAAGCAGAUAAUCUGUCUAGAGAGGUGGAAAUUCAAACAAGUCAACCAAUAGAUAGUGGGACAACUCAAAUACAAACUGUGAGUACUUUAGUAGAACAAACCAAGGAGCAAGAGCACCACCAACAAGUCAUGAUCAGGAAAACUCCCUCAGGCAAUAUCUUACGGUCUUCACGCUGCCUUUCCAGCACAACUUCUGAUGAUGGUUCUGGGAAAGCAGCUGGUAAAGGAGGAACACCAAGUGGAGGGAAGGAUGAGAAUUUGGAGAGGGAAACAGAGAGGGAUGCAGUCAGUAGCGUAACCAAAGGUGAAGAUGUUGGAAAAGGUGUUCUCUCGACUGAACCUGGUCACGCUGAAGCUGCCACACAGCCACCUGCCUCAGCACCGGCCGGAGUGCAGCAUACUUCAGUUACUGGACUGAAACAGGGACAAAGAAAAAGAAGGGCUCACGCAGACCACAGCUACUCAAGCCCUCAGCAACUUCUAUCAAAGGAGAGGCAGGCUAAGGAGGAAGCUAUCCAAAAACUAACCACAAAGGGAAGGAAAGAUAAAAAAAGUUCUGCCAGCUGUCCAAGUGCUGUGGAGGUAGGUGAAAAUAAUGAUCACAGUUAUUCCAAGACUUUCAAGCAGAAGAAGAAAGGAGGAGAGGAUGAAAGACAGUCAGGUUAUCAGAAAAAGCAGCAAACAACACAAGAUGGCCAAAGGGGUUUGCCAGCACAAAACCUUCUAAUGAGUAAAAUCCAACAGCUGUCUGGUUCCCGACUAGUUCUGCCUGCUUCAUCAGCCUCAUCUCAUGUCAAGUCAGUGGAAGGCAGGAAAAAAAGAAAGUUCCUUGUUGCCAUGGAGGAGAAGGGUAAUGCUUUGCCUUCUGGAGUAAAUAUGAACAGUUCUAAGGACAGGAUUGUUGAAAAUGGAAACACAGAUGCUGCACAUACACAGAAUGUUCAGAAAGGAAAGCAGAAGACCAAGAAAAAUGCAAGGAUGACAUUGACGCCAUUUUCAAGGAAAACUUCGGAAGCAAAACUUAUAGAGGAAACGGAAACACUGUCUGAAACACAAGACACAAUGGACAAUGUAAUUCCUCCAUCACAGACAGAUGACACAAUGAAGAAAAAGUAUGUAGUGUCCCCAAGAGGUGCACAGGGAAAGGAGAAGACUGCCACCUCCAUGUCUGGCACAAGGCAUGUAGAGACACAGUCACAGGAAAAACAGACUUCACAAAAUGAUGACACAAUUCAGGGACAGACUGAAGAAGCAAAAGAAGUCCAGAAGCAGGGGAUAGCCAGUGAUGAACGCCACAAAGGAGCAGCUGGUAAAAGGCCUACCCAGGAGAUUUUGGAGAGAGAUGAAACUGGCAACAAAAAGAAGGCAAGGACUAGUACUCCUGAGAAGAACAAGCUUGAACCAUUCUACAUGGAGCAUACCAGAGGCAUGUUUGGCUGGGAGGACAGCCUGAGACAGAGACUGUCACCUGUCAAGAGGUUCCAGCCUGAGGCUCCGCCCACUGCUGAUGACAAAGGGAAGAAAAGAAAGAAAGAGGAACAGGGCAGUGCUGUAAAGAAAAAGAUGAAAAUGCAGCCUCUAGCCUUCACAACAAUAAGGAGUAACCCAGCCACUUCUUCCAAGGGAAAUCUAGCUGUGCCCAAGGACAUACCUGCAGCAUCUGCAGCUGCCAGUAUCUCCUCAGCACCUGUUACAGAACCGGUUACUCCAGGUGCCACCAGUACUAGUAGCAUUCUAGAAAAUUGCAGCCCCACAGACAAAAGUCAAGAUGAGCAGCUGCCACAGGAGUACAAGGAGGGGACGUACGGGAUGGGAGAGCUGGUGUUCGGUAAGCUGAAGGGUUACACCUGGUGGCCAGGACGGGUGGUGUCCUGUGUGGAGACAGGCAGGGACCCGGCGCCCGAGGGGUCAUGCUGGGUCAGGUGGUUUGGUGAUGGCAAGUUCUCCAUUGUGCAGGUGGAGGACAAGCUGGAGCCGUUUGGAAAGUUCAGCCAGUUGUAUCACGAGAGGACGUAUAACCGACUACAGACCUACAAACGUGCCAUACUGGAGUCUCUACAGGUUGCUGCAGAUCGUGCCAAGAAGAAGUUUCUGUCAUCUCCUGAAGCCCAUAAGAACCAGGACAGGGACAUGGCCAUGGUGCAGUGGGCCUUACAGGACUUCUCUCCAUCUGGUCCUGACAGCCUGAAACCUUCUUCAGAGGAAGCCAGGCCACCUGAUCACCUGGUGCAUCAGUGGCUGCAGGUGAGACACCUGAAACAGCUGGAGCAGGUAGCUGAGGGAAGGUCGUCUGGGAGUGGGGGUCGCAGGGAGUCUGUGGACUCCCGACUGGAGAGGGCAAAACUGUUUGAGGAAGUGCGGAAGAGGCAUCUGUCUGUUGACCAGCUGUGCCUUGCCUGUGGGAGCCUGGAUGUGGAGACCCAGCACCCACUGUUCAGGGGAGGGCUGUGUGAGGGGUGUAGGAUUGAGUUUCUGGAGUCGUCGUACCAGUUUGACGAGGACGGGUACCAGUCGUACUGCAGCCUGUGUGCAGCUGGGACCGAGGUGCUGAUGUGUGGGCAGGACAGCUGCUGCAGGUCUUUCUGCAAAGACUGCCUUGACCUGAUUGUAGGACCAGGCACAGCAGACCAGGCAGUACUGGAGGACCCGUGGCUGUGCUACAUGUGCCGGGAGGAACCCAGACAUGGACUGUUACAUCGGCAGCAGGACUGGUCAGCCAGGCUGCAGCAGUUCUUUGCCAUGGAUGAUGUGGAGGACUUUGGUCAACCAAAGCUGUACCCUCCUGUCCCAGCCCAGCAGCGACGCCCCAUCAGGGUUCUCUCACUCUAUGAUGGUAUUGGCACAGCUCUGCUGGUGCUGAAGGAGCUGGGUGUGACAGUGGACGUGUGCUACGCCUCAGAGAUCGACCCUGAUGCCAUCAAAGUGUCCCAGCUCAGACAUGCUGGGGGCAUCCGUCAUCUGGGAGACAUCCGCAGCAUAAGGAACACUGAUAUACCAAAGCUUGGUCCAUUUGAUCUUGUGCUGGGAGGAAGUCCAUGUAAUGACCUGUCUAUAGCUAACCCCAACAGAGCAGGGCUGUAUGGUGGAACUGGCGUGAUGUUUUUCAACUUCUACCGACUGCUGCGGGAAGCUGCCCCCGCUCCCGGAGACGACCGUCCGUUCUUCUGGCUGUUUGAGAACGUGGUGGCCAUGAAGCACCAGUACAAACAGGACAUCAGUCUGUUCCUGGGGUGUAACCCAGUGGUGGUGGAUGCCAAAGAUGUGUCUCCUGCUCAUCGUGCCCGCUACUUCUGGGGGAACCUCCCCGGCAUGAACAGGCCCUUGGUGCCACAGGCCAGUGACAAGCUGGCUUUGGAGCAGUGUCUAGAGAAAGGUUGUGGCCGAGUGGCUCAGGUCAAAAAGGUACGUACAGUGACCACCACUCUGCAUUCAGUGCGUAACCAGGGGAAACAGCAGGCUGCACCUGUACUCAUGGAGGGGCAGCCAGACACUCUCUGGUGUACCGAGCUGGAACGUGUGUUUGGGUUCCCCAGCCACUACACGGAUGUGUGCAACAUGAGUCGCUGUUCCCGCCAGCGGCUGCUGGGCCGGGCAUGGAGCAUCCCCGUCAUCCGACACCUACUGGCACCACUGAAGGACUACUUCCAGUGUCAGGACAAGGAGUAGUUUUACCAAAGGAGCUCUGCUAAUUAAGGUGGAGUGUAAGUUGAUAAGAAAGUGAAAAGAAGGAAAUUGGGCCUUUUUGAGCAGUAGAUAAUGUGUGUCAAUCAUGUCAAGCAAGUGAAAAUUGCAAAUACUGUAGUGUUGAUAUUUGUUACAAAUCCAUUAUUUGAGUUUAUGAUAUGAUAUGAUAAUUAUAAUCAUUGAUAUAGAGUAUUUAUUUUGUUCUUGUAAAUUGUGCAUUGAUUAUCUGAACUAGAGUUACUGCUGUAUUAGAGUACAAAUUGUUAGCAAAUUGUUCAGGUUAUCUACCACAACAGAGCAGUUGGAAACUGUCAAAAAGGCUUCUGUUCUUUGUUGCAACCAUUAAGCUGUAGAUGAGUUGCGAUAGUUUAACACUGUUAUCAAACAUUUUGGUUCUUGUUGAAUUGUUAUCAAAGUUGUUUAUGAUUACAGCAUCAUAUAUACCCCACAGUUUUCUAGAGUACUUUUGUAAGUUGCUGAGUUUAAGCAGUUUCUUUCCACCUUCAGUUUGUUGACUUUAACUAUUUAAUUUUUUUCCAUACUGUUAUGACAGGAGACAGUACCUGAAAUUGUCAUGAAGCUGUCAUUGUGCAGUCUCAUUUCAUCUUAAAUGAGAAACAACACUUCUUCAGUGAUCCUUAUUAAAAUUUUGCAUUGUGCACAACGUUACUGGUUUUGAGUUUCUAAAUUUUGACUCAACUCAAUUUCACUCAACUUAAAUACAAGAACAAUUGAGUGUGGCAGCAAAGCUUUCAUUUCAAUUUUAGGUACACAAAGUUAUUUCCACAUAUGCCAAGUAAGCUUGUUUCAGGUUAAGAUGAUGUGUACUGUAGUACUCUUGUUUAAGAGGAGCAAAAGGGCUGGUCAUAAAGUCUUAGGUACAAUAUUGUAUGUCACCAUGCAUCUUACACACCAUGACAAAUGACUUGACAUCAUACUUUAUUGUACCAAUGGUAAAGGCAAGCUUACUCAAUAUCCUACAGUUACAUUCAGUUCUUGUUUAUGUUCCUAUUUUGCAUACAAAGAAACAGACCUUUCUGCAAUAAACUACAUUUCUGAAAAUUCAUGAAGCUGUUUUUUUUCUUUCUUUUCCAACACACUAUCACAGCCACAUCCAUUUGAAAGGCUGCCACAAUAUUACAUUUCUUUGGAUGGAUACAAUUGGUUUUCACACAAAGCAGCAAUGCUAAAACAUAGACGACUCAACAAUUUCAAACCAUAUU